GUUGUUGUUCUACACACGGGUUGAGGAGAUGGGAAACUGGAGGUGAGGAAUUCACCACAGAGGCACAGGAACGAGACAGAGCUUUCUGACUGACUGGGAGUAAAGCCAAACCUAUGGAUCUUCAACAGUUUGCAGUUUAGAAGCGUGAAGCGUAUCACUCAUCGUCCUUCACUGGAGGAAGAAGACGAAACUUCUAAACCUGUGUGUCUCCACCAGAACUUCCCACGCGGCUGUCUGAAGAAGAGAAGUAGAGGGAAAGAGAGAGAGGAACGAAGAGCAAAAACCAGCCUGCCUUGGAAAGGGAAGAAGGACGGUGUCCUGAGAGGGAGGUGGCUAUGCGUGAGGAGGUUUCCUGUGCCAACUCCCCUGAAGGGGGGCUGGGGGCCAGCGAGGAGGAGCUGGAGAGGGGCUCCAAGAAGAGUGGGCCAACAGGGGGGCGAAAGCGGGUGCCGUACCCCAAGAAGGACAGUUUGGGUCGGGCCGAGGAGAGGGCCGUGGUCAGCGGGAGCCCCAACUGCCUUGUUCCGUCAGGGCCAAAGCGGCAGAAGAAGCAACAGAGCUCCCCCACGUCGGUGGUGUGUGUGGCCCCAUCCGUGCUGAGCUCCAGCGGCCUUGGUUUGGGCCCGGGCGGCGAGCCCUUCGAGGACCUGCACACUCAGCGAGUGAUCGCCAACGUUCGCGAGCGCCAGCGCACGCAGUCACUGAACGACGCCUUUGCCUCGCUGCGUAAGAUCAUCCCCACUCUGCCCUCCGACAAACUUAGCAAGAUACAGAUCCUGAAACUGGCGUCACGCUACAUCGACUUCCUGUACCAGGUGCUGCAGAGUGAUGAGAUGGACGCCAAGCUGGCUAGCUGCAACUACCUAGCCCACGAACGCCUCAGCUACGCCUUUUCCGUCUGGAGGAUGGAGGGUGCCUGGGCAAUGUCUGCCAGCCACUAGUGUCCCCUCUCCAUCCUCCAUCCUGCUCUGCCCGUCCUGCUCUGUCUUAACCUUACUUUCUCUUACUUCCUUCUUGUACUGCCUAACCCCACCAUCCCUGGCCUCCCCUAACCCACUAUCUCUGUACCCCCUAACCCCACCAUCCCUGGCCUCCCCUAACCCACUAUCUCUGUACCCCCUAACCCCACCAUCCCUGGCCUCCCCUAACCCACUAUCUAUGUACCCCCUAACCUCACCAUCACUGGCCUCCCCUAACCCACUAUCUCUGUACCCCCUAACCCCACCAUCCCUGGCCUCCCCUAACCCACCAUCUCUGUACCCCCUAACCCCACCAUCCCUGGCCUCCCAUAACCCACUAUCUAUGUACCCCCUAACCCUACCAAUCCUGGCCUCCCCUAACCCACUCUCUCUGUACCCUGUAACACAACCAACCAUGGCCUCCCUUAAGCCACUAUCUCUGUACCCUGUAACCUCACCAUCCAAGGCCUCCCUUAAGCCACUAUCUCUGUACCCCCUAACCCCACCAUCCCUGGCCUCCCCUAACCCACCAUCUCUGUACCCCCUAACCCCACCAUCCCUGGCCUCCCAUAACCCACUAUCUAUGUACCCCCUAACCCUACCAAUCCUGGCCUCCCCUAACCCACUCUCUCUGUACCCUGUAACACAACCAACCAUGGCCUCCCUUAAGCCACUAUCUCUGUACCCUGUAACCUCACCAUCCAAGGCCUCCCUUAAGCCACUAUCUCUGGCCCUCCUUUAAGCCAAAACACACUGUUUCCUCCUAACCCACUACCUCCCUCUCUUCAAUAUUCUCUAUUCUCUACUGUUCUUCAAACUGUUCUUUGCUUACCCUCUCAUUCCCCUAAUCGCCCACUGCUCCAUCACUCACCUUACCCACUGCCCCAACACUCACCUUACCCACUGCCCCACCACUCACCUUACCCACUGCCCCAACACUCAACUUAACCACUGCCCCAUCACUCCCACUGUACCCGUUCACCCUUCGAGCUUUGCCCCCCCAACCCCCCUUUCCACCUAAAAUGCCCCUGUAUGCCGCCUAACAAUUUAGCCCCAACUCCACAACUCUACGGUACACCUCUGCAGGACAGACAUCUAACGAAUGGACUCCUCUUUACCUCUAAAAAGGUCUGUCGUGUCCAUCCUCCCCUGCAUACCCCAUCUCUCCUUCUUCGGAAGCCCUGGCCCACAGACAUGGGCAUUGGAGCGAACACAGGCAUUGAUUUAAGGACAGAUAUCCAGUCGACUCUCCUUUUGCAGCCUGACAGACAGACAGUAUUAACAUGCAGCCUGACAGAGAGACAGACCGUUUUAUAAUGCUCUAUUACAGUAUGUGACUGUCACUGAGGCAUGACGAAGAUCCUCAAUUUAUACGCCACUUCAAAGACUCCACAGAGGAAGAUUCUUUGACAACUGAGAUGACUUACGCUCAUGAUAAUUACGAUAAUGGCCAUAAUAAUGACGCCAAAGGGAUGGAUAGCUGGUGGUCCCAGCCCAAUGAAUGUUUACAGCAAAGAUGCUAAUAAGCUAAUAAUUGUAGGCUCUUCCACCUCCAUUUGAUGGGUAGGAAAAGUCACAGAAGCCUGCCAUGUUUCCAACAGUUAUAUAAAUGUAUCUGAUUGAUUUGUCUGUUGCCUGUGUUCAUGUAUUUCUCUGUUUGCAUUAUGUCCCUUCAUAGUGAGUGGACUUAGCAUGUGCAUAUGCUUUUUGCUUAUUCAUAAAGGUUACAUUUUACAUUACAAUGACUUUAUAUCAGAGUAAGUAAUAAGCGAUAAGCUAUGCUGGCUCCCUACAACACAUGACUACAGUAGUACACACAGUUUUGUAGCAUGCACAGACUAUGGUUAGAUGAGACAUAGUGGAUAGAUUCCAUUAAACCUAAGGUCUGUGAUAGAUUAAGUAUGAAAACUUAACAUACUAAAUAACUACGUGGUAAUACAGUAGGAUCAGAGUAACAUAUUACAUAUUAUUUGGACACUCUUAAUUAAAGUAAAGAUACAAUUAGGAGUGACAUUGUACAUUGUUGUAUAUACAAGUAACAUUGUACUUAUAGUUUUAAGUACCAUUGUACUUAUAGUUUUAAGUAGCAGUGUAGUACUUGUAAAUUAAAGAUAAAAGUAUAGUUUGAAUAUUGUAAGUUUAGUAAUUCAUUGGAAUUUCUCUUUAAGAUACCGUUAAGGAAAUACUUCAAUAUGCUAUCAGUAAUUUGAGAGUGUAAUGAAAAUUGUAAACUGUACUUUUUUUUACAAUGUGAUAAAUUCAGAUUUUGUUGCUACUGGGUAAUGGUAGGUAGUGGGAAUAUCUGAUAUACUGUCUCCAGAAAAUGUAGUUGGUUAAUAUGUUUUAUCCUCGUGCUCAGAUGUAGUUCUUUUGGCAGAUUGUUUGUCACCAGCUUUUCAUUACAUGAGCUCCUGUGGAUAAUAAUAAAAACAGUUUUGGUAAAAUA